CGGGAAAUGAGAAGCAGUUAAUAAUUGACGGCCUCCAGAGAUAAGCGGCGGAGGGACAAGGGUGAGACAACAGAGACAUCUCAGCGGCAGCGAUGUCGCAGGUCGACGUGGCAAUGGAGGAUCGAGCUUCGACCCCAGUCCAACGGGCGCUAGACAAGGCGGCGACGGGGGUGAAGGCGUUCCGGAGGCACCUACGGGUGAAGAACGAGCUACUGCGACAGUGCCUGGCCGAAUUCUUGGGGGAGUACAUACUGAUCUUAAUGGGAUCGGCGACUGUGGCACAGGUCAUCACCAACUAUGACCGGAAAGGGACCUACCUGUCGAUCAACAUGGGCUAUGCCAUCGGAGUCCUGUUCGGAAUCUACAUGUCAAGUGGAGUCUCAGGUGCACACCUGAAUCCGGCGGUCACCUUGAGCCUGUGCGCCCUGGGUCGAUUCCCCUGGCAGAAGAUGCCCUUCUACACGCUGGCGGAAUGCCUGGGCUCCUUCGUGGCAGCGGCCACCACCUACGCUCUUUACUACGAUUCUAUCCACGAGUUUUCCAACGGGAGUCUGACUGUGCUGGGACCCAGGGGGACGGCCGGAAUCUUCGCCACCUACCCCGCGGAACACAUCACCACCCGCAACGGCUUCAUCACCGAGGUGAUAGCCACCGGGGUGUUGUUGAUCUGCAUCCUGGCGAUCGGCGAUUCCCGGAACGCCAUGUUGCCCGACUUCCUCAGGCCGCUGGUGACCUCCAUCUGCGUGCUCACCAUCGGGAUGGGCAUGGGAGCCAACACUGGCUACGCCAUUAACCCCGCGAGGGACAUCGGGCCACGCAUGUUCACCUUCGUCGCUGGCUGGGGCUCCGAAGUAUUCACCCUUCAGAAUCAGAAUCCGGUUUGUUAUCACCGACAUAUGUACAGUAGUACGGCAGCAGUACAGUGCAAGGCAUAAGGACAUAAAGGCAUAUGUUACAGCAAACUCUUAAAACAUUGAAUCAUUGAGUCACUCAAUACAGGGUUGAGGGCUUCAAGUUCCCAAGUGUAAAUAUCAACAGUUUGCCCUGGUCCAACCACUUAGACGCCACGGCCAAGAAAGCUCACCAGCGCCUCGACUUCCUCAGAAGGCUAAGGAAAUUCGGCACGUCCCCGCUGACCCUCACCGAUUUUUACAGACGCUCCAUUGAAAGCAUCCUCCCUGGAUGUAUCCCGGCUUGGGACGGCAACUGCUCUGCCCGGGACCACAAGAAACCACAGAGAGUUGUGGACACAGCCCAGCGCAUCACGGACACCAGCCUCCCCUCCAUGGACUCUGUCUACACCUCCCACUGCCUCGGGAAAGCAGCCGACAUAAUCAAAGACCCCACCGACCCCAGACAUUCUCUCUUCUCCCCCCUCCCACCAGGCAGAAGAUACAAAAGCCUGAAAGCACGUACCACCAGGCUCAAGGACGGCUUCUAUCCCGCUGCUAUAAGACUAUUGAACGGUUCCUUAGGAUGAUAAGAUGGACUCUUGACCUUACAAUCUACCUCGUCGUGGCCCUUGCACCUUAUUGUCUGCCUGCACUGCACUUUCUCUGUAACUGGGACACUUUAUUCUGCAUUCUGUUUUCCUUCCGUACUCCC